CCUUUUUCCCCGCUGCGAGCGUGUUUUCCCAGCGGACGGAACAAAGGGUUUUCGCCCGCGACCACGAGGAGGCGACCCGUCAUCGUGCAUCAUCGCGCCGACCCGUGCCGAUGUUCGAUAUCGCCAGCGAUGGAGCCCGAGGAGCCUCUCAUGCAGGGGAUACUGCUGCUACCGCCGCAGGGAAUGCUAGGCCAGCUCAAGAAAACCUGGCACAAGAGGUUUUGUCAGCUUUUCAGAACGAGUAACUACGGGAUCAAACGCGUCGAGAUCUAUGACAAUCAGGAAGAAGCGAUAAUGCAGUCCCACUCUCCACGUAUCAUCACGUUGGAUGCCUGUAUAAAAAUUGCACCCAGCAAUCAGUCGCAUGUCUUUACCGUAGUGACUAAAUCAGGAAUACACUAUUUUGGCUGUUACUCGGAAAUUGAGAUGACUCACUGGAUCACAGCGUUCCAAUUAGUCGCAUUCAAGGACAGUGUGUCGAAUCAAAUAGAAGAAAAUAACGAUCUGUAUUGCACUAGUGGAGAGGGUGUUUUUUCCGUGAAAGUUGUAGAAACGGAUGCGUCUAAGCGGUGUGGACUGGAAACGAGAAACUAUACUUUGGUUGUUGCUGCCGUGGACAUGAAGUUGAUGGACGGUGACAUUGUUCUAUUCACAUGGCCAUACAGGUAUAUCAGGAGAUACGGAUAUAGAGAUGGAAAGUUCAUCUUCGAGGCUGGGAGAAAAUGUGAGUCCGGCGAGGGAUCCUUCCGUCUGGAGCAUGGUAGCCAACAGGAGAUCUUCCGAUGUAUGUAUGCCAAAAUGAAGUCCAUGAAGAAAUUGCUGGACGAGGAAAAUAAUCCAAACGUAGAAUGCAACGACACCCAAUUCCAGGCAGCUCUAUCUAUGGAGCCUGGCUCUAGAGCGGCUUUACCACCCUCUUCAAACAAUUCUAGCAAUUUGAUCGAUAUAGAUUUUUCUACGCAAAGUUCUCAGAAGCCCGUGACUUCGUCGUCGAGUAUGGAUUCUACAAUCUCAUCGAGCAGAUCGAUAAAUAAGUCCAAGCCUGCCAAACCACCACGAAAAUACGUUUUUCCUAAUCUGCUCGAGAAAAAAUGUCUCGACUCGACGGAAUUCCUAGAUUUGCCUACAUGCGGAGAAUAUAGAACUAUAAGCCAAGGUAAUUCCCCGGAAUUAUCUCACAAGAGUAUCAACAGUGUUAUGCGCGAGAACGAGGAGAAGCACUCGUACGAUAUAGUGGAAAUUAGGAAUGACGCUUGGAAAACGCACGGUAUCGAUAGCGUACAUCAUACGGAAAGAGUAAACUCAAGUCUACCUGGCGAGAGAGAUAAGGAGAACGAUAACGACGAUUUGCAGUAUGAAGUCAUGAUGCCGAUACGGAAUCAGGAUGCAUUCCAAAAUUCGUGCAAAAGUAAAUGCGGCGAUAACGCAAUCAUCACGCCAUCGGUGAUACAAAGUGUCGCCAAGACAGACGAGUCGGAUUACGACAAAUUAGAACACUUUGGGUCCGCGACGAAACUUAGUCAGAAGUCUGCGUACAAGUAUACGAAUUCCUCGCAAAGCAUACAUUCCAACAUCUCCCACGGGGAAAGUUCUAAUCUUGUUAAUCCGGCGUGGUCUAAUUACGAGCUCGUCGAAGAUAUGUCCGGUAUCAGGCUAGCCGACGACAGCCAUCUCGGUUAUGGAAUUAUUCGGAAGAAGCCGGAUCUUUCCGACACAGCUUCCACGGGUACCGCGGGUGGUCCACAGCAUAAAGUUUUCAACAACAGCGAAUAUGCAAUUGUAUCGAAACCAAAAAGGGUAUAAAAUACCCAUAUAUUCGAGUAUCCUUUCAAAAUACGACGACCAUGCCACAAAAAUUCGUUUCUACACAAAAUUCUUAUCUCUUUGUAAUUACAUAUUUGUAAGGAUAUGAAAAAUAUGCUAGUC